AUGGACACCGGAAACGACCCAUUUGAUUGGGACGUCAAUCAGGUUAUCAAACAUUUGACGCAGCCCGGCAGCCCUUGGGAGACACAGCCUGACUCCAUCGCCGAGAGAAUCAGGGAAGAGGGCUUUGACGGCCAUACGCUGCUAACAUUUGAGCAAACAUGCCCGCGAGAGGAGCUCUAUCCGUACCUUGAUGUUCGGAGAGCCCGUCAAAAAGUAUGGCUUGAGCAACAACUAGUCGGCCUUCGUGCCGAGAGCCAAAAGUACAGGAAAUGGACGUACGAUUUCAAGAAACAGAAAACGCUUGGAGAAGGGCACGCCAGUUCUCCGGAGCUCACGCCCAAAUACAGCUUCAAGACCCUGCAAUCCGUACCGCUCAUCAAACAUAAGCCAGAAUUUUCUUCAGAUAUGGUGCCUUUCCUCUCAGAAAAUUGCACAGUCGCCCUACCGACACCUACUCACAACCAGCUUACUCCGCGAUCAAACGACAUCGACUUGCCAGAGUUGCCAAUAGCAGAUGCAGCUCUCUCGGGUAGUCCCUCACUGCAGACUGAUUUUGUCGUCGCAGAGACUUCCAAUGCGCAAGUAGCGAAUUCUAUUGUCACAACACCUCAAGUCGGACAUCAAAAUAUUGCUCCUAUGGAAGCUCCUCCGACGCAGGCAGAUGCAGCUACCCAUGUACAACAUUACCAGUCUUUUGGAGAGGGUGUUGGAAAUGAAAACACCCAGUUACAGGAUGCUACAUCUUUCCCCCUCUCCCAGACAUCGGACGCUCAGGACGCCUUAGAGCCGCCGCGAAAGAAGAAGAAACUAGCGCCCACAAACAUUGCGCGAGAACCGUUACAUAAAGUUCGUUCGAAACUCCAUCCAUGGGAGAGCAGUUCAGGUCGUGCAUAUCUUGGGAACGGUGCCCUUUCAGCCUACAUGAUUAGAUCCUCUUUCGUCCCUGUGAGCACAAGAUUGGUGAUGCUACCCAAAGGCGGAUUUGCAGUUACCCGGAAAAAUCGUCUGCCUCCCGGGCGAAGACUGGCUGUGAAUCGCACUAUGAACCAGCUCUUGCGGAAAAACGGACGAAAGGAGGAGCGGCUGAGAACAGGGACUCUGACUUCCAGAGAUUCUUCACCCUCGGAUGAAGAUGAAGAAGACAUUUUUGAUCUUGAGAACCUUCCUGAUUUGGAUGAGGCAACAUUGAAAGAAAUCGAAGAUGAAGAGAAGAGCAAUGAGGAAGCCAAGAAAAUCCACCGUCAAAUCCUAACCCAUGAAGUCCAAGCUAUCCUCGACGACACUAUCGAGGGAAUGACUCAGAGAUGGCGGGAAACUAAACUAAUCAAAUAUCAGCGCAAAGCUUAUAAACUCUGGGUAGAUGCUAGAAAGCGUCAUAACAGUCUCCGCGAACGUAUUGAAAAGCAUCAGAAACAGGCAGCAUACUACGACAAACGCAUAAAAAAGUUGUCGAUGGAAAUAGUCACGGAAGUCUGGUUCAAAAAGGAGGAUAUCGUCAGCCAGGCUCAGUGUCUCGAGCAGAGUUUGGAGGACAAAUUAUACAACUUAUGGUUAGCUGGAGUGCUAGAGUCAAGCGAGGCACCGCCUCCUCCUGAUGUGCUUCCUCGGCCAGCGCGACGCCAGAGAUCACAGAAACAUGAUCCAAUGGAGGAACUCUUAACCAGCACUGAUGAGGAGAGCGAUUUCGUCGUGUCAGGCGGCGAGGAAGUUGAUGGCGUAUCAGGUACAGACGGCCAAGCACCCAACCCCGAGGAGCCGGUGACACCAAUCAAAUCGGAAGAAUCUCGUGUGGGUGAUCGCAUGCAGCUUGAGACAGAAGGCACAGCCAAGCACGUGUCCUAUAUUGACUUGACCAGUCCUGCAAGGCCCUCUACCCCGCCUCAAGCCAGCCUCAAGCCUGGCGUUGAGCUCCCAGACCCUCCCUCGGUCCAAGUGAUUGAUAUGGCAGCCAUUGCAAGAUAUUCUAAGUCUCACUGGCGCACCGAGGAUGAUCGAUGGAGGCUUGCUCUUCACAUCCUUCUAAAUCUCGGCCAUGAACAACGCACUCAGGUUCUGGACCUCAUCAGGGACAAAUCUGACGAAGAUAUCUGGGAUACGUCAAUUGUGCCAUUCUCAACGAACACCAAGACUUGGGAGGUACUAGAGAAUUUGCCUCUAGACCUACGCAACUACCAUCUUUCCAGCGUCUUCCUAAGUUUCGUCAAAUGCAAAAUUUUAAGCCGCAGCCGAGUUUUACAACUUCAUAAAAGGGACAAAGAGACUCUUCUUAAGUCACGCACCACGUUUGAGCCGUUUUGCAAGUUCAUUCGAUCCGUCUUGCAUCUGUUUCCCAAAGAUACUCAGAUAUACCGAAGACCCGAGAUGGAUAAAGAGGCCGAGGCCGAGGCCGAGGUGACUGGGACUCCGAAGAAGAAAUCCAGCGCAAAGGAGAUCGUGCAGAACAGAGCAGCCGUUGAAAUGAGAGAACGUCAAAACGAGAUGCUACAAGUGCAACAGGAACGCCGUGCAAAGUUACGAAGUGACCUGGCGACGUCUGGGAUAAUGUCGCGCGAUAAAUCCAGGCUGAUCAUCAACGAAACCAAGGAUGAAAAUCAAUCAUUCAUUUACAUCAACGACGACAUCGGCUCGAGAAUCAAGGAUCAUCAAAUAGACGGCGUUCGGUUUCUUUGGAACCAAAUUAUUCAGGACCCUACAGUUCGCCAGGGCUGUCUGCUUGCGCACACCAUGGGUUUGGGGAAAACGAUGCAAGUCAUCACGUUCUUGGUGGCUAUUGCGGAGGCAAUCGCCUCCCCAGACCAGAUGAUCCAAUCGCAAAUCCCGGUCGAUCUCCGAUCGGUCCAGACUUUGAUCCUCUGCCCAUCUGGCCUCGUAAACAACUGGAUGGACGAACUCUUAACGUGGGCUCCAUCUGGGCUGUUAGAGCCUUUCAUGCAAGUUGAUUCGACGGUUGCCGAAAGAGAUCGUCAGGGCAUUGUUGAAAGCUGGGCUGCAAACGGAGGCGUUCUCGUCAUUGGUUACGACCUUUUCAAGAACAUGCACGACUCCAACUCGGAAAUACGGACGAUUCUACGGUCAAAGCCGAACAUCGUCGUCGCUGAUGAAGCACACAAAUUGAAGAAUCAAGAGACCAAGCUGAGCAAAGCAUGUGCCAAUUUCAACACAACCAGCCGCAUUGCCUUGACAGGGUCGCCCCUUGCAAACAACGUGGAAGAGUACUAUUACAUGAUCAAUUGGGUUGCACCCAACUUCCUUGGACCGAUCGACGAGUUUCGGGACAUUUACGGCAGGGUCAUUGAAGAGGGGCUUUACAAAGACAGCGACACAUAUCAAAAGAAAAGAGCCAUGAAAAUGCUACAGGUGUUAAAGGAGACUGUAGCACCCAUAAUCAAUAGAGCGACGGUCAAAUCCUGUCUCGCUGAGGAUCUUCCCCCAAAGACAGAGUAUGUCAUAUAUGUUGCGCCGACGCCGCUACAAUGCAAGCUGUACAACAAGUACCUCGAAGAACAACAUGGUUCAUGCGAUUCGUUUCCAAUAUUCAGCACUAUUGACGAUUUGGGCCUCAUAUGCAACCAUCCUCGCUGUUUUAGAGAGAAGGUUCUUAAGGUGAAGAAUGGCGAUUACGAUACCAAGAAUGAAAGCGAGAGCUACAAGACUUUCCCCAAAGCCAUCGUGCCGUUCGCAUUGAAGGAAACAAAUAGCGGCGAUAACAUCAACCCUGACCUCUCGAUGAAAGUCGAACUUCUGAACAUCAUACUCGACCAAGCCCGUGCCGUCGGCGACAAGGUGCUGAUUUUCAGCCAAUCCAUCCCCACGUUGAACUACCUCGGAAGCCUUUUCCAACUGACUAAGCGUCGCUUUAGCAGAUUGGAUGGAAAAACCAACCCCAAAGCCCGGCAAGGUGCUACCAAAGCCUUCAAUGAGAGUGAUAAGGAGUUGUACUUGAUUUCCACCAAAGCGGGCGGGGUUGGCUUGAAUAUCCAAGGAGCCAACCGAGUGGUCCUGUUCGAUGCAAAGUGGAACCCUGUUGACAGCCAACAAGCGGUUGGCCGCGCCUACCGUCUGGGCCAGAAGAAGAAGGUAUUUGUAUACCAUUUCAUUGUGGCCGGGACGUUUGAGGAUAACCUGCACAACAAAGCUAUUUUCAAACAGCAGUUGGCACAGCGGGUCGUGGACAAGAAAAACCCCAUCAACUGGUCAGCUAGACGGGCGGAAUUGAUUCACGCCAUUAAACCCGUUGAACGGAAGUCUCUAGCGGAAUUCCAAGGUCAGGACACCAUCUUGGACUGCCUAAUAAGCCACCAAGUUCCCUCUAUCCCCGAUGGACCGGUGUGCAAAAUUGUGUCCGCCGAUACUUUCGAGGAGGAAGAUACCGUUGUGGUGUUGAGCGAUGAGGAACGUAAAGAAGCUGACUCCAUGGUUUCCAUGAAUCGCCUCCGACAAACAAACCCAGCGGAAUACGAAAAGCGAAGGAGCGAACAGCAAGCCAUUUAUCUAACGCAACAACCUUAUAGCACACAACCUUGGAGCGGACAGCCAAGCACGCAACUUCAAGGCGACCCUGGUCGCAUGAGCAGCUCACAGCCAGUAGGCAGAACUCAGCAUUUCAGUAACAGCCAGCCGCAAAGUGUAGCUCCUCAACUCCGUGGAACACAAGCUCGUGGAGAUGCCAAAGGCGACCAUCAUUUGAGCCGGCAGCCCCAGGAGCCCCUUGUAAACCAGAAUCAAACAGGACAGAGUACAGGAUCACCGGCUGUCCCCAUAGUUCCUAAUCAGAACGCUCCUCAGCAAUCGACAAAUGGGAUGCCAAUUCACGGCCCAGCCCCUGUACCAAAGCCAAUUUUAGGAGCUAAUACCUCCAUUGGCAGGUCACAAGUCCCCUCACGCUCAGAAGUUCCAACUAGCCAGAAGGCUCAGAGUCACAUUGGGAGGGUCUCGUCAGGCCCGCCAGAGAAUCUCUUCGCUCAACCCCCAAAGACCUUGGCUAAGGAAGCAUUUCAGGCGGCGCUGAUCGAAGCGACCAACAGUCUUCAUGCCAGAGGAAUGCUGCCAACAUCGAGACUUCUGUCAGCCGAAUCAAUAUGCAGCUCCAUUCACGAGUUUCGGGACAAAGAAGGUUAUGGAUUUCUUCCCGAUGAUCAGCAUUGGAGGCAACUUAAGAGACUGCUUGCGAAUGAUCGAUUUGUUUUGGCGACCCUUUCUGGACAGCUCAGCUGCAAAUUCCUUGCUUUGGCCGUUAAGAACGAGCUCGAGCGCCGAGUAGAUACACUGAGCAAACUUUCUGAGGCUGAGUUUGCAACCCAAAUGGAGAGAAGUACAAAGACACCAGACCCGCAGAAUCUUCGAAAUAUCUCCCGAGGGACCCCACAGAAGAAGCUGGAAGGCGUGGCGGGGAGGGACAUCAAAAUCAUGAGAGAAGCAGCUGACAACAGAAGAAAAGCAGUCCGUACGCCAUCUUUAGCUAAUGACUCGCCAUCUGGCAACACGGAGCCAUCAUCACAGCAAGGCUAA